CACAUUUCGGCUACAGAUAGCGUGGAUGUCUUUGUACUCCAGCAGUGUUUCAGAACGGCACAUAUUCUACAUUGAUUUUAGUGUUCUAAAUUGUAAACAAAAUGCCUCCUAAGCCGAAACCGGCUGCGCCGAGCAAAAAGGCGGAUGCCAAAAAGAAAGAAAAAGUUAUAGAGGACAAAACUUUUGGGCUCAAAAACAAGAAAGGUGCGAAACAGCAAAGAUUUAUUAACCAAGUAGAAAAGCAGGUUAAAACUGGUGGUAUUGCUCCUCGUAAACUUGGUGAAACCGAUAAGCUGAAGGAUAAAGAUGCUAAGGCUAAGGAGGCUGCGGAAAUGAACAUGCUUUUCCGGCCUGUCACAACUCAAAAAGUUGAAAAAGGUACUGACCCUAAGUCUGUGGUGUGUGCAUUCUACAAACAAGGCCAAUGUACAAAAGGUAACAAAUGUAAAUUUUCUCAUGACCUUGCUAUGGAAAGAAAGGGUGAGAAACGAUCUUUGUACGUUGAUAUGAGGGAUGGAGACGAGGAAGAUGAUAACAUGGAGAACUGGGAUGUGCAAAAGCUUGCUGAGGUUGUUGAAAAGAAGCAUGGUGAAGCAGAGAAGAAAAUGCCCACUACUGACAUUAUAUGCAAAUAUUUCUUGGAUGCAGUAGAGAAAUCUAAAUAUGGGUGGUUUUGGUCUUGUCCCAAUGGUACUUCCUGCAUUUAUAGGCAUGCACUUCCCCCUGGCUUUGUGUUGAAAAAGGACAAGAAAAAGGAUAAGAAAGAAGAAAUAUCACUUGAGGAUUUGAUUGAACGAGAAAGAGCUGCAUUAGGAUCUAAGCUAACUAAAGUAACUUUGGAGACCUUUAUUGCUUGGAAGAAACGUAAGCUAAAGGAGAAGGCUGAAACUGCAGCCAAAGAAGAAGAGAAAAAGAGACAAGACUUUAAAGCUGGGCGUCAAGUUGGGAUAUCUGGAAGAGAAAUGUUCUCAUUUAACCCUGAACUUGCUGCUGGUGAUUCAAUGGAUGAUGGUGAUGAAGCCUUUGAUAGUUACAAACGAGAAGAUGAUGACGAAGAAGGAAAGAUUGAGUACCGUGAACUUGAUCUUGAUCUUCUUGCUGCGGAAGCCCAAGAAGUUGAUUCUAGUGGAACUCAAGCUACAGAAGAUCGUUUGCAGAGGUUAAAAGAAGAGACAGAUGUGGAUAUUCCAGUUGCAGAGAAACAAGGAAGUGCAGAAACAGGUGAAGCUGCAGGAGCUGCUGCAGCUGCUAUAAAUGAAAACUUAUUUUUGGAAGAUGAUGACCUGGAUGGAUUAGACGACGAAUUGGACGAUUUAGAACUUUCUGAUCAGGAUCAGUAACAAUAUAAUAAUUAACUCUGCUGUGCAGAAUUUGUUUUGAAAGGGAACCUUUUUUUAAAGAUAAAACCUUCAUUUUUUUGUGAUUCUACUCCUAGCCAUUUGUGUUAAGUUUU